AUGGUUGCUGCUUUAAUUUCAAAGAAAGAGGCGUUGCUGCUGAUCUUCUGGUUUUGGCAGAAAUUCUUGCGAAAGAUUUGGAUAAUCGCCUCGAGUAUCGAGGAAACUUCAUUGUACCCCAAGAAAUGGGUUGUGAUCAUGAAAGACCAUCACACGUUCAUUUAUGUCGGGUCGCUAUCUUUCGCCGUCGAUCAACGUCUUGAUCGUCGUUUUCGCUUCUCUUCAUCGAUUCAACUAAUGGGUCACUCGGGGAUUGUCAUCCACACAACCGCGAAUGCGCUUCACGAUGCCGAAAAGAGCACGGCAGCCAUCUUUUCGAUGCAAAUACGGUUGCAUAGAAUGGCCGCUCGCCGCGACCCAACUCAGGGCAAUCGUCAUUCAGGCUUUGGCUUCGCACCACACAUGCACAUAAGUUUC